UUCAUGAGCGCGCGGUGGCGCCCGUGCUACUCACAAACGUUAAGAAACGUUCAAUUUUACUCCCAAAGUCGCAGCGUCUACGAAGCAAACAAGUUACAUCCAUGUUUUUAAUAAGCCGCGUUGUUAGUGUUGCAUUUUGUACGGAGAAAGUGACGUUUGUCCUCGGUGAAGUUGGUGAGCGAAAACUCAAUUUUGUUAUUUCCGACGAUCAUUGAAGCCAUCCACUGGAGGCGUGUUCACGAACCCACUUUAGUGUGUGUGCGUUUGUGUCACAUGAGCAACAAGCGACUUUGUUCCACUUUUCAUUCUUCACUUUUCACCGGCAGCACGUCGCUUUUGUCGGCUCGCUUUGAGUCGUUGUCAUCGUAUCAAAGCGCGAUGCUCUGCUCAGCGAGCUAAUGCUAAUGCUAAGCUAGCCCUCAGCGUCCAGCGCCGUUCAGGCGGCGAAAGUAGCCGAGCGACAGCGUCUUCUUUCGGCCGCGCCACAUGGAGAAGCGCGGCCGCCUGGCGGAGCUCUUCCGCUUCCUGCAGGACCCCCACCUCGUCGCCCGCUUCCAGCACUUGUGCGGGGUACGAGGCACCUUUUCUAGUCGGGCUCUCCACCACCAGCCGGGCGCGGCGGCGGCGGCGGGGGUCCGGGACAGGGGAGCGGAGGGGGAACUCGACGGGAGCGAGGGGCACAUUAGGACCGAAAGGACGAGCAAGCCGCUCCGCCGGAACUCCCUGACGGGCGACGCGGGCCAAGAGUUCGUGGUGGAGAACCGCUUCCUGUACUACUUGUUCACGUUCGGAACCGAGCUGGGCAACGAGCUGUUCUACAUCACCUUCUUCCCCUUCCUGCUGUGGAACGUGGACGCCCUGGUGAGCCGGCGGCUCAUCAUGGUGUGGGUGUGGGUCAUGUACGUGGGCCAGUGCACCAAGGACCUGCUCGGCUGGGCCCGGCCCGCCUCGCCGCCCGUCGUCAAGGUGGAAGUGUUCUACAACUCCGAGUACAGCAUGCCCUCCACGCACGCCAUGUCCGGCACCGCCAUCCCCUUCGCGCUCUUCUUCCUCACCUGCGGACGCUGGCAGUACUCGUCGACGUUGGGCUUGGUGUUGGCGCUGUGCUGGUGUCUGCUGGUCUGCGUCAGCCGGAUCUACAUGGGCAUGCACUCGCUUCUGGAUGUGAUGGCGGGUGUGGUGUACAGUGCGCUCAUCCUGCUCUUCCUGCUGCCGGCGUUGGACGCCAUCGACGACUUCGUGCUGACCGGCGCGUACGCGCCGGCCGCCGUGGCCGCCGUCCACGCGGGCCUGGGCCUGCUGUGCUUCACGCUGGACGCCUGGAGCACGUCCCGCGCCGACACGGCGCAGAUCUUGGGCUCGGGCGCCGGUGUGGCGCUGGGCUCGCGCGUCAACCGCGUGCUGGGCCUGCUGCCCGACCCCCCGCUAGAGCAUCUGCCCCUGGCGCCGCCCGCGCUGGGCGCCGGCCCGCUUGUCGCGGCGGCGCUGCGCUGGGCGGCGGGCGUCCUGGUCCUGGUGGCCACGCGGGCGCUGAUGAAGGCGCUGACCAUCCCCCUGCUGUGCCGUGUGCUGGCCGUGCACGAGGGCGACGUGCGGCGGGCGCGGCGGCACGCCGAGGUGGAGCUGCCCUAUCGCUACGUGGUCUAUGGCGCCGUGGGCUUCAACGUGCUCUUCCUGGCGCCGCUCCUCUUCCGCGCGCUGCAUCUUUCUUGAUGCCCGAUGUCACGACCGCGCCGCUGCGGCCGCUCGAUGACUUUUUGUUCGGCGUUUAUACUGCACCUCGCCGACUGUUUGUGGGCGGCGCGGCGGACGAGCGGCUGGCGCGUCUUCUUGGCGGUGGGGAAGUUCGGCGUUCCAAUCUGGGCUCCGGCCUUCCUGUGGGGGGUUGCCAUGCUUGCUGGCAUACCCGCAGAAAAAACACCCAAGAACCCGAACACCGUAUGUUUUAUGCGCGCGCGUGUGUGUUUUUUAGUGUGUUUGUGUGUGUUUGCGUUCACACUUCCUCCCACAUUCCAAAAACAUUUAGUUAGCGUGUCGGCUCGAUCGACGACUCUUAAGUUGUCUUCAAUGUGGAUGUGAAUGCGGGUUUGUCGAUAUGUGCCCUGUGAUCGGCCGAGGAGAAAGAUGAAACGUGAGUUCGAGAUGGGCGAAGGGUGGGGGGGGGGGGGGGGGGGGGGCUGCAAGGUAAAAGGGACUCUCGUGAACUGGCUUUUCUUGGGCUACGCCGCCCUUCUCCCACAUUCCAGAAACGUGUUAGCUUCAUGGACGACAAAUAAAUUGUCCUCAGGUGCGUUUGAAGUUCCAACGGACGGACGGACGGACGGAUGUUUGCGUCAUCAGGAAGUGACAUCGCUGUGGUAAUUGUGUGGCACAUAAAAACGAGGAUGUUCAAAAACGUUUGUUUUUAAACACUGUAAAAAAUCACAUCCUUGCGCUUUCUGCUCGGUCACGAUUGGAUGAAGAAGAAAAAAAGACGACAACAAACUGUUUUGUUCUUCAAGUUUUCAACGUCAGCGCCUGCUAGUGACGACGAAGACUGUCGGAUGUUUCUAAUAAAUGUUUCGCUCGUUGAUUUCUCCAUUUGACACCAAACUAGCAGCAGAAAUACUCGAGUACUACGAAAAAGUCAAGUACUCCGAAAUGUUGGUCAGAAUGGCAGCCUGCGAAUGGUCAGCUGGCGAGAGUGGGCGUCACCCUGUCGCUUUUCCGGUUCACUUCCUGUGACCUUGCGGGUUCGACGGCUGCGAGCUUUCGGACCCGAAAAUUUCCUAAAUCCGUGAAAGCAAAAACUUGAGAAAGUCGACACACAGCCGUCGUCGUUCAAGUCCCUCUAAAAUGAAACGGAAUAUGUCCUGUAAAUUUGAGAGUGUCGUUGACAACUCCUCCAAAUUUGAACCAAAACCUUGAUAAAAUGAGAUUUCAAAAUGGUGAAAAAUGUUCUCUCCGCUCUCACCAGCUGCGGGUGUGUCCGUGCUGAAACCACGCUGCGCUCAACUGUCAAUCAAAUACCGCCCAAACUUCUUCGUUAGAGCCUGCAAAAUAAAUCCGCGGAAAGACUCGGGUCUCUGGAUUUGAUCCCGGCGGGUCGUUUCCACGCCGCUCUGAAGUGGCUACGUCUGUAGGGGCGAUGCACUUUCAGCGCAUACGCAUCGCUGGCUAAGAUAAUCAAUCGAAUGCUAAUGCGAAGAAAGGCGCUCGAGUUGUUACAUGCGUGGGAUUCGCGCCGGACGACAAACUUGCGUGAUUGAGUGGCCAAAAACACAAAAGUGAAAUGGUUUAAUGCUACAUCUCCGCAAUUCGGCGGUUGUCCGUCUUCGUAGACAUUUUCAACAAUCGGCUCCAUGCGGAAGGUCACGUGACCGAACCUGGACGUCCCGUGUAGGCUCCGCUCACCAGCUAAACUUGGUUUGAAGGCCAAAAAAAAUGGUUCUUUAUGACUGCCGCUUUGGGACAAAAGGCAAAUACAUGUAUAUUUUCUAUCCAAAUAUAUGAUAUACGUGAACAUGGACGAAGACUAAACAUGGGAUCUUGUCAUCUUUGGUGGCUCUGGUGACAUCUUGUGUUCUAAAAAAAACCUUGGAGCUGUUUAAAGUCCCUACGCGUGCUUUGAUCCGGUCUCCUUCGCCAGGAAUGCGUUAGUAGCUUGCGCGUUGACCAUAUUUCCUUCAAACCUAGAAUGGCUUAAGAAACAAAUCUGGGAGUUCACUUUACAGGGUCUUUAACAGUGAUGUCAUAGUCGAAAGUGUAAAAAGAAGUCAACAAUCUGAAUACAAGUUAUUUUUCAAUGCAUCUUUUUCAAUUUCAUUCAGCUGAUUUGGAGGGUCAUUGUUUUUUUUUGUUUUUUUUUUUUGCUUUUGAUAAACUUCAAAAUUUUAAUGUCAACUUUUUUUGUAGCAACUGAAAGAAAUUUUAAUAAAGAAUACCAAUAAAACAAGAAGAACUCA